AUGUGGUAUGAGGUCUUCAGUUUUGCUUGUGAGGGCUGUGAAAAGGUGACAUUUAACAUACCUUCUGAACUAGAGGCAGACAAAAUAGUCGGCAGAGUUAAUUUGAAAGAGUGCCUCAGGUCUGCAGACCUCAUCCAGUCGGGUGACCCUGACUUCAGAGUUCUCGAUGACGGCUCAGUAUACACAGCCAGCAAUGUGGUGUUGUCUGAUGAGAACAGAUCAUUCACCAUAUGGCUUUCUGACACCAAGACCCAGACACAGAAGAAGAUUAAGGUGCUCCUGGAACGUCAGAAGAAGGUACUGAGGAAAAGAGACACUAAAGAAGCCGUUCUCAGGCGUUCCAAGAGGAGAUGGGCUCCUAUUCCCUGCUCAAUGCAAGAGAAUUCGCUGGGCCCGUUCCCUUUAUUUCUUCAACAGGUUCAGUCUGAUGCAGCACAGAACUAUACCAUCUUCUACUCAAUAAGUGGGCGUGGAGUUGACCAAGAACCUUUGAAUUUGUUUUUCAUAGAAAAAGACACUGGAAAUCUGUAUUGUACCCGGCCUGUGGAUCGUGAAGAAUACGAUAUUUUUGAUUUAAUUGCCUAUGCCUCGACUGCAGAUGGAUAUUCAGCAGACUUACCUCUUCCACUGCCCAUCAGGGUGGAGGAUGAAAAUGAUAACCACCCUAUUUUCACAGAAGCUAUUUAUAAUUUUGAAAUUCCAGAAAGUAGCAGAGUUGGUACUACCGUGGGAGUGGUUUGUGCCACAGACAGAGAUGAACCAGACACGAUGCACACACGCCUGAAGUAUAGCAUUUUGGAGCAGACCCCGAGGUCCCCUGGGAUCUUCGCUGUGCAUCCCAGCACAGGUGUCAUCACCAUAACCUCUCAUUAUUUGGACAGAGAGUCUGUAGAAAAGUACUCACUGAUAAUGAAAGUACAAGACAUGGAUGGUCAGUUUUUUGGAUUGAUGAGUACAUCAACUUGUAUGAUCACAGUAAAAGAUUCAAAUGACAACGCACCUACUUUCAAACAAAAUACUUACGAAGCAUCAGUAGAGGAAAACGCAUACAAUGUGGAGAUCUUACGAAUACCUGUAGAAGAUAAGGAUUUAAUUAACACUGCCAAUUGGAGAGCCAAUUUUACCAUUUUGAAGGGCAAUGAAAACGGACAUUUCAAAAUCAGCACAGACAAAGAAACUAAUGAAGGUGUUUUGUGGGUUGUAAAGCCGCUGAAUUAUGAAGAAAACCACCAAGUGAUCCUGGAAAUUGGAGCAAACAAUGAAGCUCCGUUUACUAGAGAUGUUGCACUCAGAAUGGCAGCCAUGAACCGAGCCUUGGUCACAGUUCACGUGAGGGAUCAGGAUGAAGGGCCUGAAUGCAGCCCUGCAGCCCAAUAUGUACGGAUUAAAGAAAACUCAGCAUUGGGGUCAAAGGUCAAUGGCUAUAAGGCGUAUGACCCUGAAACUAGAAGUAGCAAUGGCUUAAGGUACAAAAAAUUGCAUGAUCCUAAAGGAUGGAUCACCAUGGAUGAGAUUUCGGGGUCAAUCACAACCUCCAAAAUCCUGGACCGGGAGGCCAUGACUCCCAGAAAUGACUUAUAUAAUAUUACAGUCCUGGCAAUAGACCAAGAUGGUAGAUCGUGCACUGGAACACUCGUGGUUAACAUUGAAGAUGUGAAUGAUAACCCACCAGAAAUACUUCAAAGUUCCGUAACAGUUUGCAAACCAAAGAUGAAGUAUACUGACAUUUCAGCUGUCGAUCCCGAUGAACCUAUCCAUGGUGCUCCAUUUUAUUUCACCUUGGCAAACACUUCUCCAGAGAUGAACAGAAUAUGGACCCUCACCAAAGUCAAUGAUACAGCUGCCCGUCUUUCAUAUCAGAAAAAUGCUGAAUUUCAGGAAUAUAGUGUUCCUAUUACUGUAAAAGAUAGAGAAGGUCAAUCUACAACAAAAACCCUGAGAAUUAAUCUGUGUGAUUGUACUCAUCCAAGUCAAUGUCUGGCAGCUCGAAGGAGUGCGGGAGUAAUACUUGGAAAAUGGGCGAUCCUGGCCAUCCUACUGGGUAUAGCACUACUGUUUUCUGUAUUGCUAACUUUGGUAUGUGGAGUUGUUAGUGCCAAAAAAAAAAGUUUUCCUGAAGAUUUAGCACAGCAAAACUUGAUUAUAUCAAACACAGAAGCACCUGGAGAUGAUAAGGUGUGUUCUGGCAAUGGGUUUAUGACCCAGACAGUCAACAACUCUGGCCAAGGCUUUUGCGGUACCAUGGGAUCAGGCGUGAAAAAUGGAGGGCAGGAGACCAUUGAGAUGGCGAAAGGCGGACACCAGACCCUGGAAUCAUGCCGGGGGACCGGGCACCAUCACACCCUGGAUUCCUGCAGGGGCGGACCCGCGGAGGUGGACAACUGCAGAUACACCUACUCCGAGUGGCAUAGUUUCACUCAGCCCCGUCUUGGUGAAAAAUUGCAUCUGUGUAACCAGAAUGAAGACCACAUGCCAUCUCAAGAUUAUGUCCUUACAUACAACUAUGAAGGAAGAGGGUCUCCAGCUGGUUCUGUAGGUUGCUGCAGUGAAAAACAGGAAGAAGAUGGCCUUGACUUUUUAAACAAUUUGGGAGCGAAAUUUAUUACAUUAGCAGAGACAUGCACAAAGAGAUAA